AUGGCAAAAACUAGAAAAGGAAAGAAAAAGCACGAUUCUGCGACAACGGAUCAUGCAGUGCUGACAGGAGACGUCCUGAAUUCCAGUCUUUCGGACGUCGCAAGAACAGUGGACGGCAGUGGCUACGCCUUUGUUCGCUUGAACUGCGCUGGGAAAAGUAUCACGAAGAUUCCUGAAGAGAUAGCAGCGUAUGUUCAUCUUCGCUACAUUGAUAUAUCCGAUAACCAUAUCGAAGACAUCGUCCCUCUCACCACGCUGCCGCACGUUCUCGCGCUCAACGCGGCCCGCAACAACAUUACUGAUGUGUCAUACCUCGCGGACACGACCUGUCUGCCGUCAUGUGUUGUCCUAAAUUUAUCAUUCAAUUCCAUUUAUGAGCUGCAUUCGAUAGGUCUACCACGUCUAGCAAAACUAACACUCGACGGUAACCCAUUGGCCUCCCUGGAAUCCGUUGACAAGUUACCCAAGUCUCUGACGCAUCUGAGCCUUAAGGACACGCAUCUGCGAACCAUAUCUCAAUUUCCACCGCUGCCCAAACUCGUGUACCUUUCUGUUUCCAACUGUCCCAUUGACUCUAUCACGGACGUCAGCAUGCUUGCUGCACUUGAAAUCCUCGACAUCAGUGGCAUACGACUCGGCAAUUUAGGCCUUCUCGAAACACUUGUAACGCUACCGAUGCUCCGGGAGCUCACUAUUCUUCCAGUUGACCAUGAAAUGCCCGACGACAAUUUCCGACAAGAAAUUUUGGUGGUACUUCGGAAGCUACAGCGGCUGAAUGGGAUUGAUGUCACUGCCGAAGAAAAAAGGCGGGCCAAGGCCCUAAAGGUGCAAAGGAAGAAAGAGCGGCAAGAGGCGGUGAAGCAUGAACGUCUCCAGGAGGAAACUAAUGGCGAAGCUGCAUACAACCCCGAAGACGGCAGUAUUUCAGGCACAGCGCCGGUUCAAGACAUUUUUGUCGAAGACGCGUGA